AUGGCACGUGACUUCACCUGGAGUAUUAGGAGAAACGGUAAAUUGGGCAAAGCUCUCCGUUUAAGGAAAGCGACGAAAGUUGGGAAUGUUUCAGUUCUUAACCGGUAAUCAGAACAGCAAAACUAAAUGAUGAAGUUUAAAACUCGACACGAGCAUUUCGUUUUCUUGCAUGUAUACAUACUUGUUGCAAUAUACGGUAUAUUACCAAUUAAAUGUGCGGAACUGGGUGAUGAAGAUGCGGCGUACAAAUUCGCAGGGCAUACCUUUGGUAAAGAAGGUAACGCCUUUUUCGCUCUGCGGAGUUGCCACCAAGUGCUGCAUGGGGACAGUGGUGAGUUCUUCUCCCCAGAUUACAUGUGCUCCAGCCCCCCGCUGUGGUGUAACUGGACCAUACAAGUGAAACCUGGGAUGCAGGUUCAUCUGCACCUGGAGGACUUGACCCCUGCUGAUGCUUGUCACCAUAAGAAUGACCAAAUUCAUCUGGAUGAGUCCCCAAGCUCUGGAAGACAACGGAUUCUGCAUAGGUGCUGGGGGAAGACUGUGUACAAGUCCCAGUCCAGCACCCUGCAUGUUGUUCUGCUCAUCGGAGGGAACCCCAGACCACCUCUCAGAGGGUUCCAUGCUCUGUAUCGUGCUCUUUGGCCAGAACAUAUCAAAGAACCAACACACAAUGAAAGAGAAGGUUUGGAAUGGAAUGAAAAGACCAAGCCCUCUUUAAUGAAGGGUGGAGAUGAUUUAAGGGUGACGGAACCAAGCAUGAUUGCUUUUUCUUCCACGGUUUCACUGGGAUUCGGCCUUCCAGGAUUACCGACAUCAAAUCCACCUGCAACAGUCUCACAGCGUGAAACUGAAGAUGAAAUUGUUGAACAUCCGUUAGGUUCCGUGUGGAAUUCCGAAGGCAUGUGGAGUCACCUCAGGUCCACCACAGAUGGCAGUACGGUCUCUGCGAGUACCCCGAAAGACCUCAGCCACAGGCGUGCUGUGCCUGUCAUAGUGACUGCUAAACAUGGGGUGCUGCUGUCAGAAAACAGCCCUGCCAGCAGAGGGCGCCCUUUCCAAUCCACCCCUCCAGAAGUAUGGCGCAGCACAGCCCAUAACUUUGAAAGUCCUGAAAUGGAAACGUUGACUGGAAGGACAAUGAAGGGCAGCUGGGAUGAGCACACAGCCAGACAGCUUCCAGUGCUCCAUAGCACUGACUCUCCCUUUAAUGCCAGGGGCAGCCAAAUGAGAGGAGAGUGGGAUGAAUCAGGCCGCAUGACCCCUGAGCUAGCCCCCUCUCUGGAACGUUCUGCAAAUUCAACUCAACUGCCGCACUUACCUGGAGACUCUUUAUUCGAAGUGGCUGUAGAGGUUUAUACGAGUCCACGUAAAGCUGGGAGCUUGGACCAUAUGCUGCUGUCCCUCCGGAAAUCAGUGGAAAACAUCGGGGUUCAGGUUCAGGGAGAGCUGGGUUUUGAUCUUCAGCUGAAAGCCAUAUCCUCUGAGAGAACAAAGAGGCUCCAUGCUGGUAUGCUCUUCAUCAUGUGGGUCCAGUUUACGGGAGGCUUUGACAGCACUCGCGUCUAUGAUUCGCUGAGCCAAGCUCUCCGGCGGCUGCUGAGGAAGGAGGUCCGGCCCGGUGCCAACAGGCGCUUCAAUGGGACCAUCGCCUCCAUCACCACAGAAGAUGUGGAUGAAUGCAGGACGCAGCUCUUGUCGUGUGACGUCCAUGCCGACUGCAUCAACCUCUUCGGCUCCUAUGCUUGCCGCUGUCAGCCGGGGUUCGAGGAUAUGUCUCCCCUUGAUUUUGGCGGGAUGAUCUGUCUGGAUCCCACAGCCUCCAGCAGGGCGGCGCCGACCGAGGUGCUGGGAGCGCUGUACGCCAUGUGUUUCUUGCUCAGCCUCUUCUUGCUGAUUCUGCUCUGCAUUGCCGUGGCGCUCUACCGGCGCCAUCACCGGGGCGGGUUUCUGAUGCCAUGCGGACGAUACGGCGGCGGCGAAGACGCUAACCAUUUGCCACCGCCCCCGCCUGUACGCCGGCCGAGAGAUGGCUGGGAAAGCGCCAAAGACAGCUGUCCCUCCGGGGGUCUGCCGCUGAUCAGGUUCAGCUCGCUGCUGCCCCCUGGAGUCGGGUGUGGGGAACUGGAUGAGGUUGCAAAAAUGUGACCUGUAUGUUUUGUGACUUGGUCUUUGUAUUUCUUCUCAUUUAUACAACAUCUGUAAGGCUUUAUUUUAAUAGCAUGUAAAUUGGGUCAUACAGCCUUCGAUCUCAUUUGUGGAAAAACAUUUACCAACAGUGGUUUUUGUUUUUGUUUGAUUUCCACUAGAUGGAAAUACUGCAUUGUUUUAAUGGAUGGUCUUUAGCGGCGAUGGCCCUAAUGCACCGAAAGCGAUGUCGAUUUGCAUUCUGGGGAGAGACAUUUCCUUCCCCGAGCACAGGGAGAAGGCGUCUGUGUAGAGGAACGGGCGAGAAAUCAAAGGACCAAAUUCACUUUGCAUGAAAUUCCCUCCUGAGAAUAAAUCUGACAUAAGAAAUGCU